UGGUAACGAGUCAUAAUUGAAAAAAUAAUUUUAUUUUAGAUGAACCAUCAGAUCGCCGAGUCUUCUUUUUCUCAUCUUUCUUCCAGUGGUUGUGCGUUUGGAGCAGAACUCUGAUAACCAAUCAAUCACUAUCCGAUGGCGUUGAGCACCCAAGUUAGAGCCUCCACUGGUUCUGCUUUCCCAUGGAAAUACGACGUGUUUUUGAGCUUCAGAGGCGAAGACACCCGCAAGGGCUUCACAGACCACUUAUACGACAAGUUGCAGUGGCGAGGGAUCAGGACUUUCCGGGACGACCCAGAACUUGAAAGAGGCACAGCCAUCUCUCCGGAGCUCCUCUCAGCAAUCGAGCAAUCCAGGUUUGCCAUCGUCGUUCUUUCGCCAAACUAUGCUUCUUCCACUUGGUGCUUGCUUGAACUCUCUAAGAUUUUUGAAUGCAUGGAAGAGAGAGGGACAAUUCUACCAAUCUUUUAUGAGGUGGAGCCGUCUCAUGUGAGACAUCAAAGGGGCAGCUUUGCUGAAGCGUUCGAUGAACAUGAAGAGAAGCUUGGAGAAUGUAAUAAGGAGGUGGAAGGGUGGAGAGAUGCUUUAACCAAAGUGGCUAAUCUCGCUGGCUGGGCUUCAAAGGAUUAUAGGUAUGAAGCAGAGCUUACCAAAGAGAUUGUGCAAGCACUGUGGAGCAAAGUGCAUCAUAGUCUCACAUUAUUUGGUUCCUCUGAGAAGUUAGUUGGAAUGGAUGCUAAGCUUGAGGAAAUAGAUGUUCUUUUAGAUAAAGAAGCAAAUGAUGUUCGCUUUAUAGGGGUAUGGGGGAUGGGUGGGUUGGGUAAGACAACCCUUGCUAGACUAGUUUAUGAGCACAUCUGUGAUCAAUUUGAAGUUUGCAUCUUUCUUGCUAAUGUCAGAGAGGUUUGCACAAACCACGGUCUAGUUUAUCUACAAAAGCAGAUUCUUUCCCAAAUCUUGAAGGAAGAAAAUGUACAAGUAUGGGAUGUUUAUAGUGGAAUCACUAUGACAAAGAGAUGUUUAUGUAAUAAAGCAGUUCUUCUAGUUCUUGACGAUGUGGAUCAAGUAGAGCAACUGGAAACCUUGGUGGGAGAAAAAGAUUGGUUUGGUUUGGGGAGUAGAAUCAUCAUUACCACUAGAAAUCGACAUAUCUUAGUCACACAUGGUAUAGAAAAACCAUAUGAGUUGAAGGGAUUAAACGAUGAUAAAGCUCUCCAGCUCUUUAGUUGGAAAGCCUUUAGGAAAUAUGAGCCUGAUGAAGAUUUUGCAGAACAGUCUAAUAGUUUUGUUAUCUAUGCCGGAGGUCUUCCCUUAGCUCUUAAAACUUUGGGGUCUUUCUUGUAUAAAAGAAGUCCACAUGCAUGGAAUUCUGCAUUGGAAAAACUACGGAAUACUCCCAACAGAACAAUUUUUGAAAUACUGAAGAUAAGUUUUGAUGGACUUGAUGAGAUGGAGAAGAAAAUUUUUCUGGACAUUGCAUGUUUCCGCAGGCUGUAUCGCAACGAGUUUAUAAUUGAACAAGUAUACAGUUCUGACCUUUGCAAUUGCAUUACAAUAGAUGUUCUUGCUGAGAAAUCUCUGAUAACUAUUUCCUCAGCCAACCAAAUAGGUAUGCAUGAUUUGAUACAAGAAAUGGGAUGUGAAAUUGUUUGCCAACAGUCUUAUGAAGAGCCUGGUGGACGCAGUCGGUUGUGGCUUCGCAACGACAUAUUUCAUGUAUUCACAAAGAAUACGGGAACUAAAGCCAUUGAAGGCGUAGUGUUAGACUUGCCUGAAUUAGAAGAGGCAGAUUGGAAUCUUGAAGCCUUCUCUAAAAUGUGUAAACUGAAGCUGCUCUACAUUCAUAAUUUAAAGCUUUCUCUUGGCCCCAAAUAUCUUCCUAAUGCCUUGAGAUUUCUGAAAUGGAGUUGGUAUCCUUCAAAAUCUCUUCCACCAGGUUUUCAACCGGAUGAGCUAACUGAACUGAGCUUGAUUCAUAGCAAUAUCGAUCACCUCUGGAAUGGAAUAAAAUACUUGGGCAAGUUGAAAUCUAUGGAUCUUAGUUACUCCAUAAACUUGACAAGGACCCCAGAUUUCACAGGUAUUCAAAACCUUGAGAAGUUGGUUCUUGAAGGUUGUACGCAUUUAGUGAAGAUUCAUCCAUCCAUUGCAUUUCUCAAGAGACUUAAAAUGUUGAACUUUAGAAACUGCAGAAGUAUCAAGAGUCUCCCAAGUGAAGUAGAAAUGGAAUCUCUUGAAACAUUUGAUGUAUCUGGCUGCUCAAGACUGAAAAUGAUUCCAGAAUUUGUGGGGCAAAUGAAAAGAUUAUCAAAGCUUUCUUUAAGUGGGACUGCUGUUGAGAAACUGCCUUCAUCAAUUGAGCACUUCAGUGAGAGUUUGGAGGAGCUUGAUUUGAGUGGAAUUGUUGCAAGAGAGUUGCCCUACUUCCUUUUUCUUAAGAGAAUUGUCAAUGGCAAAUGCCCAAGAUCAUGGUACUCAUUGCUCUUUUCUGGCUUAUUUCCAAGAAAGAGUCCUCACCCUUUAAUUCCUGUGUUAGCUUCGUUGAAGCAUUUAUCUUCAUUGACAACAUUAAAUCUGAGUGAUUGUAAUCUCAGUGAAGGAGAAAUUCCCAAUGAUAUUGGUUCUAUGUCCUCCUUGAAGAGCUUGGAACUCGGAGGUAACAAUUUUGUUAGCCUUCCUGCAAGCAUUCAUUUGCUUUCUAAGCUUCAAUAUAUUAAUUUGGAGAAUUGCAAAAGACUCCAACAAUUGCCAGACCUUCCAUUAAGCGACUAUUUAACGGUAAUAACCGACAAUUGUACUUCGUUACAAAUAUUUCCAAAUCCACGAGAUUUGUGCAGAUUAUCGGGUUUUUAUCUCUCUGGCAACAAUUGCUUGAGUACGGUUGAUAAUCAAGAUUAUUUCUUAUAUUCAAUCCUAAAGGGGUUUCUUGAGGAAACCCCAUGUUCUUUUGCGUCUUCCACUGCUGUAAUUCCUGGAAGUGAAAUUUUGGAGUGGUUCAAUAAUCAUAGUGUAGGAAACUCGGUAACUGUGGAGUUACCUUCUUAUGCAUCUAAUUAUAGCAAGUGGAUUGCUUUAUGUGCUCUACUGGUACCUCAAGACAAUCCGUCUGCCCUUCCUGAUAACUGUACAAUUACGUGUGGAUGGCAAACGCAUGCUUUUACUUUCUGCGCAAAACAAAUUGUUUCAGAUCACCUUUUGUUACUUGUUUUGUCCAGUCAUUACUGGGAUCCUCGGAACUGUUGGAUGGGUCACAUAUUCAGUGAGGUUAUAAGGUUUGAUUUUGAAAUCAUUCGACCUUUAGAAAACGAUAGAGGCUUUCUGGUAAAGAAAUGUGGGGCCCGUGCACUGUACGAUCACGAUAAGGAAGAGCUGAUCAGUAAAAUGAACCAAUCCAAGAGCAGCAUUUCUGUUCAUGAGACAAUGGAUUGUGAUUUAGGCAAAUCAGCGUAUGAACAAGGUGGUGUCAUCGUUAAUGGAACACUAGAUGCGACAAGCGGAAGUGGUGGCUCUGAUGACGAAUAUUUAUCUGCAGAAGAAUGAAAAAAAUUUUAGAAGACGCUGCCUUGCUCUGACCAUCCAGUGCCUCGAAGCAAAAAUGAAAUGCUAACACUGCUAUUCACAGUAUUCAUAACAAGUAAGCGACCAUCUCACAUUAUGACUUCUAGUUGCAACUAGAUAUUCUCAUAUUCUUAACAUGUUUCCUCUAUCUCUCAUGUGCUUUGAUGUCAUGACAACUUCUCAUCACUUUUUCUGCCAUCUUGAUCAAUAACAUAAGUGAAGUAGUACAGAUCAUCAUUAGAUUCAGUAAUGUAGCCCAGUUUUUUAAAGUUAACAAUCUGUCACUCAGUUGUGCUAAUUGGCCUAAAAAAGUAGGAAGCUCAUUUGUGCUAGUUGUCCGAGAUGGGUUACGGUUCCUUUCAUUUUUCUAUUGAUCAGUACAUGAAUAGACUCGACCAAAAGAUGAGCAAAGCUGCUGAAUCUAUGAGGUUAGUUACAUAAUAGUAAAGAGAAGCAAUGGGUUGGUAACAGUGGACCAUUUUCAAUUGAUUACAUUCUGAACCAGAUAAUUUUUCCUUUUUUAUUUGGUCAAUUGGAUGGAGAAAUUUUCUUGUUAUUCAAUAUAGUAUUAUUUCAACAGACUUAUAUGCAGGAUAUGCAUUAGCUAUGCAGUGCACAGUUGUUAAUUUUGACUUGAGCAUUGAGACUUCUGUUCAAAUAUAUCAAAUCCAAAAAGGGGAGGAAAGUGGACUCUUGGAAAGAUGCAUGGCAGGUCUACUGUGGCCAAUGAUGGCAAACUCCUGGUGUCACUCCAACAAGUAAGAGUUGGUUACUUAACUAUUGAUUGCCUUUUCGUGGAAGCUGCAUUUGAAGAUCUGCAAUUAUAUUAAUUUGACUUUGUUUGGAUGGGUUUCAGUUUCUAUCUACCAAAGGAGGAAACAAAAGUUGUCAUGGCGGCUUUGGAUUGUAAUAUUGUUCAUUGAAGCUUCCACGUAGGUGCGCUGGUUGCCAAAAUGAAGGAUAGUAGACAUGUUUGGGAGGUAUCUGGUUUUUUUACUCGGUUUCUGUUAACUGUUAUAGUAUCCAGUCCAGAUAUUGUAUAUGGAGGAGAACAUGGCUUCCUGUUUUACGUUAUUUACUUAAAAGGCCAAUUGCACUUCGUCCCAGA